CCAAUCAGAGCGGGCCGAGGUCCGGGCGGAAGUGAUCCCGCAGUGGGGAGGAGGAGGGGAGGCCGUCGUGGAGGAGGCGGCAGAGCCGGGGCAAGGAACGUCCUAAAGGUCCGGAGGCAGGAUGGCCAACGGGGAGGACGAGUUUAACCUGAAGGUCGUCCUGGUCAGUUUCAAGAAGUGCCUGAGCGAGAGGGAGGAGGUGCUCAUGGAUUACUACAUCGCCAGCUGGAAAGGCCUGGUCAGGUUUCUGAACGGGCUGGGCACCAUCUUCUCCUUCAUCUCCAAGGACGUGGUGGCCAAGCUGCAGAUCAUGGAGGCCCUGCGGCAGGGCGCGCAGAGCGAGCAGUACGCCAGCCUGCAGUCCAUGGUGCGGCACGAGGUGGCCCACGGGCUGGUGGACCUGAGGCGGCGGGAGGAGCACCCGGACUCGGGCUGCCGCACGGUGCUGCGCCUGCACCGGGCCCUGCGCUGGCUGCAGCUGUUCCUGGAGGGGCUGCGGACCAGCCGGCGGGACGCCAAGACCUCGGCGCUCUGCGCACGGGCCUACGACGCCGCUCUGGCCGGCUACCACCCGUGGGUCAUCCGCAAGGCGUCCACGCUGGCCUUCUGCACCCUGCCCACCCGCGACUGCUUCCUGCAGACCAUGAACGUGGGCUCGCCCGAGGAGGCGGUGGGCAUGCUGGGCGACGCGCUGCCCUACAUCUCCCGCGUCUACGACGUCACCCAGGAACUCUACACCCGACACGACCUCCUCGACCUCCCUUAGGGGA